AAACUAGUUUUUCAAAACGGUAUUACCCUCAAAGUUCUUCUUCCUAAAGUGAACAACGCGAUUUUAAACCCAGAAAUACCACUCUCCGCAACCACUCUCUCGUUUCCGCCAAAUUCUACUACUCCGCUCCUUCCCAUCGUCGCCGCCCCCGCCCCCGCUCCUGCAACCUUUCUUUCUCUUACCCUAUCUCUUUCUGCUGCACCCGCGCCGGCACUCACCACUGCCUACUCUCCUCCCCCACCGCUUACUGUGUUGUUCUGCUCCUCGCCAAGGGUUUCAAACAGAAAAUUAUUCUCCGAGAAUAAGAGACUGCAGGUCUUAACAAUUCUGCAGUCUUAGCUGCUUUCUGCUUUGGUUCUGUCGACGAUCGCGUCUGGGUGUUCGAAUGUCGAUGGGGAGCGAUACCACUUGGGUUGGAAAGAAACCUCUGAGGCGAAUCGGAGGAAUGUCCGAUGCCCUCUCAAUUGCUGCCGAUCUCGGUUUUUCUGUCUCUCCUCCGCCUUCACAGGAAGAACUACAAAACAUAUCUUCUGCUAUUGGUGAGAAGGGUGAUGAUCUAAUCAGAGUUUUACGAGAACUUACUGCUGUUCAAAGGAAAAUAGCAGAUCUUCAAGUGGAACUCCAAGGCCGUAAAGAUGACAAGAAUGUAGCUCAUUUGACUCACGUGAGUGAAAUGGAAAAGAAGAUCGAGACUUUGUCAAGGAUUACUGCCAUAUUGAAAGAUGUCAUCCAAAACAAGGAUCGUAUAAUUGCUCGUCUUCAGCAACCAUAUUCACUUGAUUGCAUUCCAGUGGAAGCAGAAUAUCAGAAACAAUUUUCUGAGUUAUUGAUGAAGGCUGCUAGUGAUUAUGGAGCUUUGACAGCUUCGGUUGCAGAUUUCCAAUGGAGUCAAAACUUUAAGGAGUCACCUUCAGUGUGGGGGGAAAUGCUUAGGCCCAUCCCUGUAGCUUUAGCUUCUUGCACUAGAUUCUUCGAAGCAAUGAGUGCUAUGAGGGAAUCGUUUGCAACACUACAAAAUCUCAGAGUAGGUAAUCCCAAUCCAUCUUUGCCUACAACCCCACCUGUCGAUCCAUCUCUUCGAGUGGCUAGUGAAUCCGACUGCAUUACACCACCUCCAUGGCGAUCAGAGUCAAGCUUUGAUGACUUGGCCAUUAGAACCCUGCAUAGGCAAGAAAAUGGACAGCAACAAGCUGGAGAUGAACACAGCGAAUUAGAUGACUCAAAUCAGGUCGAUGGCUCAAGCCAACGAAGAUUGUCAUGGCCUCCUUCCAUUAAAAAGAGUGGCAUUUGAUCUGAUCUGAUCCCUUUUCCAUUUAUUGAUAUUGUACAUUUUAUUUGGUUCAAUGAUUGUUGGGUGCAAUCGAACAGAACCAUCUCAUACCAUUAGCUAUGAGAUGAUAAUUAUUGUCUUUAUCCACUAAACUAUAUUUGAUUGGCUUUGAUAUUGUAUUAUGAUGUAAUAGUUCUCUAGUUGAUUCAAACAUUAUCAUUUUUUUUGUACAUGUAAAAGAUUGAUUAAAGCGA